UGCACCGUGCGUUUCUAGGAAAGGGAAGCGACCGGGUCGCGGGGAGGAGUGUGCGGCCGCGGUGUCUGCCGGGACGGUGGCGGACUGUGAAUUAGUGACUGUCGGCGGUGCUUGCUAAUGGUGCGUGUCCCUUGUGUCCGCUUCGUUGCCCGGCCAUGACUGCGCUUUAUAGAAAGGGAAUAAGCAAAUAUCAAGAAAGAUAGAUAAACCUGUCGGCGCAACACUUGAAGCUUUCGCUUGGUAGAUAAAUUCACUUCUUACUAGUCAUCUGAUCUAUCUGAAUCUGGGCAGCAGCGUUUACACUAAUUGUGCUAUAGAGACAGUGACGGAUUUAGCCCGUGGCGUGAGGCGAGGCGAGGCGAGACGAAGCCGGGGGGGAGGAGAGGUGCGGGCCAGCGGGGAAACGGGAGAGAGCGGCAGGAGAACGGUGAGCCAGGAGCGGCCGAUGAGUUCGGAGCAGGACGGGAGGCUGCAGAAGCAGGCGGAGGCCCAGUUGGGAUCGGACACGGGAGGACAGGGAGGAGAAGCAGCCGAGACCGGCAAAGACCCAGGCAGCAUGGUCACUGCAAAGGGAGCAGGCCUCAACCCCAAUGCCAAGGUAUGGCAGGAAAUCCCAUUAACUUCCAAGGAAGGUUCCGUGGGGGAAAUCGAAGGGUCCCAUUGGCCUCAGGUGACCACUACUGAUGGUUUUUCUGAGCCUGAACCUACUGGAGGGAAGCCUUAUGGCGUAGGGCUUCCAAACCUUGCAGAAGGCAGCCCUCCAGCAUCUACUGUAGGUGUUGUGAAUGGCGUGGAUUCUCCCGACCUGAGCUUUCCUCUGUAUGAGCCUGUGACAGCUCUUGCUGAAGGUGAGCUCUCUGAGGAACAGCCCCUCUCUGAGGAGAACCUGCGUGAAUCCCUCAAGAAACAGCUGGAGUUCUGCUUUUCCAGAGAGAACCUGUCAAAGGACUUAUAUCUGAUGUCCCAGAUGGACAGUGACCAGUUUGUCCCUAUUUGGACGGUCGCCAGUAUGGAGGGUAUCAAGAUCCUCACCACAGACAUGGACCUCAUCUUGGAUGUACUCAGAGCAUCUCCCAUGGUACAGGUGGAUGAAAAGGGAGAGAAAGUGCGGCCAAACCAUAAACGCUGCAUCAUCAUUUUGAGGGAGGUGCCUGAAACGACACCUGUAGAGGAAGUGGAGGCUCUGUUCAAAAAUGGUGACUGUCCCAAGGUGAUAAGUGUGGAAUUUGCACACAACAAUAACUGGUACAUUACAUUCCAGUCAGAUACUGAUGCUCAACAGGCAUACAGAUAUUUAAGGGAAGAAGUAAAAACAUUUCAGGGAAAGCCCAUCAUGGCACGAAUAAAGGCUAUUAACACGUUUUUUGCGAAGAAUGGUUACCGCAGCCUGGACUCCAACAUGUACUCACAUCAGUCCCAGUCACAGUCUCAAUAUAGCUCCCCACUCUUCAUGCAUCAGGUCUACAGUCCACAGCAGCACUAUCCUCUGUAUGGCAUUGUCCCUCCUACAUGGGCCCCAUCACCCACGCCGUACUUCGAAACCCCCUUGGCACCUUUUCCAAAUAGUAGCUUUGUCAAUGGCUUCGGCUCUCACAGCAGUUACAAAACUGGUUCGAGCUCUCUUAACAUUGGCAGACCUUUCCACAGAACCCGUGUUCCACUGUACUCGAGAAAGAAUGUAAUAAAUGCCUUCAGGAAUCAUGUGAAGCCACACCCACGCACCAGUGAGGGAACCCCACCCUCAGUCUCCUCUAUGCCCAUUGUUGACGGGCUGUCAGGUUCUCACAGCCCUCAGCCUGCACAUGCUAGCAGUGCUGCACUGGCCCCUUCUGAAUUUAGCCAGUCUCUCAACCUGAAAGAUGCCAGUGUGUCCGGUGUGGAGCCCGGUGGGGACAGCAGUUUAGCGGGUCGGGGCAGGAGAGGCACAUUCCGAGGUGUACGCAGGAGGAGAGAUGAAGACCGAACCACAAGACUGCCCGCUUUGGGUGAGGUCAAGGUAUCACCCCCCAAGUUUGACUUGGCCACCUCCAAUUUUCCACCACUGCCGGGGUGUGUGGUCAGUACCCAGGGUGAGCCAAUGCUAGAAAACCGCAUGUCGGAUGUAGUACGUGGCUUGAGUCGGGAGAAGAUGGAUAUAAACAAGGAUUCCAGUACCACUAAUGCCCCUGAGGAACUGCAAAGUAUUCCAAGUCCACCCCAGUGCAUCUGCAAAACUGGACCAGUUACUUUUGAGCAUAAGACCUCAAGUCGUAACCAUCAGGAUAUCAAAGCUGACAAGACUGAGCCCAGUGUCCAAAAAGAGCCAUCCUCAGCAUCAUCUCCCACUUCAGCAGAACUCCUGGUUCCCCCAACACAUCCAGUUACUACCUCCAAACCUCCACGCAACCAGCCUAGUGGAUCUACUUCCUCAACCUUGACCCCAAGCCCAAGAAGUAACCCUGCUCCAGAACCCCGUAAGCUGAGCUAUGCAGAGGUAUGCCAGCGGCCACCCAAGGACCCGCCUCCCCCCUCAACUGCACCUGUGCCUAGCACUGCAGCUGCACAACCUUUGCGAGAGCUCCGGGUUAACAAGGCUGAGGAACCAAGUGUCAACACCCCUUGCAACAGGCCAGAGAGAACCUCAGAGAGAUCUGGAGAUGCAAAGCCCAGUGAGAGCAGACCACCCCGCGACUCCUUUGGGUCGUACCGCAACAGUGGACCCCCCAGAACGGGCACUGUGGGGUUGAAACUGCGAGAUCAGAGACGUCCCCCUUUAGCCCGCCGUAGCUCCCCUCAAGGGGGCCCCAGACGUAGUGGCAAAGAACAGAACAUACCCCCAAGAUCACCAAAGUAAAACUCUAAAAUAUAAUACUUUAAAUGCACACAAAGUUAUAUGUGUACAUAUAUGUAUAUAGCUGUAUAUAUGUAUAUGUGUGUAUUUAUAUAAUACACACACACACGAGAGAUAUAUAUUACUGGAUUUAAAAACCACAUCCUAAAAUGAGAGCAUCCCUUUCUUCCUAGAGUGCUAUCAAACACCAUUAUUUGGAAAUGACUGCAAGAAUAACUGGAAAACAGGCAUCCUGGGAAAACGAGCAGAAGAUCAGAUGUGAACUUAGGAAAGCAACUGAUCUCAUUUUAUUUUACAAGAAUUGUUAAUCAUUUCUUUUUUUUUAUUUUGUUUUUUUAAACCUAUGGGGUGGACAAGUUUCAUCAGGCAGGGAAAAAGGUAUUUCACCUUUUGAAUGAAAGUUCUUAGUCUGAUAAGCAGCAAGAAUGAAAUCUCCAUAUGAACAUUAGUUAUAAUUAAUCUCAACGAGAGGUGACAUUUUACAUGAUUAAAUGCCCCCCCCAAAAAAAAGGUUGUAAUGGCAGGGAAUAACUGAACUGGUAAUAUAAUUUAGUUUAGAGAAUGGAGUAGGCUUGUAGUCUGUACUAAUACUGAUGUUUUUAGUUGUAUCUGUGAGAGGCUGGAAGUUGCUCAUUACAUUCAAAUCCAUGUAGUUGCAAAUAAUUACAAGUGAAAUUUGCAUAUUUUUUCAGGACUAAGAAAAUGAAUGAUCUGUUUUUUGGUUUACAUUGGAAGCAGCCUUUCAUGUCUCCAGAAGCAUAUCUGGAUAUUGGAAGUUUGAUCAAUGAAAGACUUGUCAGCCUCAUGAUUAAACAUACUUAAGGAAAACUCGCCUUUUAAAGUGUGUAUAUAUCACUAUUCAGUUGUUAACAUACAGGAGGAGUGACAUUAUAUUGGUAAUUGAGAACAACUUGGUCCACUUAGGUGACCUGACCCAGCCUAGUACAAUCUCCCUCCUUCCUGUGUUCUGAUCUCCCUUCAGUGUAACUCUGAGGCCUCCCUUUUCUGAUUUUGAAUGUAUUCAACUGAUUUAUUGAUAAUCAAGAGGUUCUGUUUACAAUAUUAUGGCUUUGCUUUGGGACUUGGGGGGGUGGGGGAGAAUAAGGAAGUAGUGCUCAAAUUGUAGAAAAGUAUUUGUUUAUAAGGUUUGGGUUGAGUGUUUGCACCCACCUAACCUUCACCAUGCAAUGAAGACUUUUGGGACCAGAGUACUUGUUGACCUACUCCCCCAUCCAACAAUGUAUCCAGGUGCAGCUUUUUUUAACUAUCAAAUCACAUUUUUGAAUUGCUGUAUCAAGAAACUUAUCCUGUAAGAACAAGUAGCAUUUAGUUCAUUUACUGCAAUUAGAUGCUUGGCAGUAAGUGCUUGUUAUGAAAGUAUGCUCAAGGAAGGAUAAAGGUUAAUAAAAUGCUUAAAACUGUUUAAAAUUAGACCUGUAAAUCAAAAUCCAAAACUUGACUCUUCCACCUAAGAUUUAUUGGAGAGGAUAGUGUGAAAGCUCUGGAAUUUGUUUUGCAACCUGUGAGUUGUGCUUUGGAUGCAUUAAUUUGAAGGGCAUAAGUGGAACGACUAGGCAUGGCAAAGUGCUGCUCUCUGAGAAGUGUUUUUAAAAAAAAAAAAAAGAAAAAUUCGUGGUGGUGGCAAAGCUGGGAAGUUUGAGUUUUUCAAGAACAUGCUGUUUGUAAUUGGUACAAGAACCACUGUCAAAAAAGGCCACAUUGGUUUUCAGUGUUUUAGAUUAAUGCUUUAAAUUGAGACCAUUUUUAACCUGUUAAAGAAUGUGAUUCACUACUCUAUUUUUCAGCCUGAGUUAAGUUCUGAAAGAUAGUUAGGAAGCAUUAUAUGAUGAAAUGCACUUACCAUGUAGUUCACAAAGCAGGUUGCACUUAAAGCCUAGAUACUUCUAUUAACAUACCAGUAACUUUAAACCUCUUAGUAUUUUAGUGAAACAAGAGUUCAAUAUACCCAUGCAUUUUCUGUAGCUGCACUCCUUAAGAAAUUGUAUGUGACUAAAGUUUCAUUCAAAAUGUGAACACUGUGUAAGUGGAGUUGCUCAAAUAUGAAAUCAGUUCAUUUUCCAGGUCCCCCACCUCCUUUCUGUGGUAGUGAAGUGUCAUGUAGAAUACAACAUGCAUAAAGGUGCAUGUAAUCUCCUGAAUAUUUCUGCAGGAUCCCCUCUAAUGACAUUUUUGGUUUAAGACAUUUGUUUCCCAGCUUGGGCACUGUCUUAUGAACUGCCUUUCAGUGAAUUUGGUAUCAUAAAUGAGACCCCAUUUCUUCUUCCUCCCCUUUACCUGUUAAGUUGGCAACUGCAGUCUGCAGAACAUUUUGCUUUGUUACUGCCAUUUUUUUGUAGAAUUUUGACAUUUUGGACCGGUGUCAUUUCAUAUUGAUUACCCAGAAACAUUUGCUAAAGAUGUUCAUAUUCAGGCAAAUGUAGUGAGUGAGUAAUAUUCUGAGGAAUGUAAGUUUUUUCCCUUCACUCUAGUAAUCAAGGCAUAAGCUGUCAGUGUGGAUAUCCCAGAUUUAUGCCUGAAUGAACUUUGUGAGCAACAGAUGUGUUUAUAUGUCUAAGUAUCGCGUAUAUGUCUUGCAGUUACUAUGUUGUAUUACUGAAGAAAUGUUUUAAAAUGAAGUGUAUUCAUGAUUGAGUCACUGUAUCGGAACAUAUUCAGUGCUUUUGAAUAUUGUGUCCCUAUACUCAUCUGCCUUUACAUAAGCACUGGAGGAUUUUGCAGACAAGAUAGGGGUUAUUUUUUAAUGAUCUUCUCUAGAUAUUUACUAUUUAUAACCUGUCUAAAUUGAUGUGCUCGAGCAGGUUAUGUGGUACCAAGACCAAAGGCAAGCUAGCCAAAAGAUGUGCUGACAAGCGGAUUUAAGAUUGCUUACUGGGUGCAAGUUCUAAAGAAUGAUCACUUGUUCAGUGCCAUUUUUUUUUUUUUUUUUUUUAACCCCCAUAUGAAGUGUACUAUCAGGUGACUUCUGUUUUUGUUUGCAUUUCCAUGGCUGAUCAAUAUGGGUCUUGUCUGGCUGAUGACAUUAAAUGGUAUGAGAACCAUUUUCUUCGUUUGUUGUAAAUCCAUUAGACCUAAUUAUUGAUCUAAAAUCUGUCACCAUUUAAACAAUUUUCCUUAGUUUUGGAAAAGUUUUGUAGUUUGAAAUUUGUUUUCUAAACUUUGUUUUAAUCCAAAUGUACUUUGCUUUUCCAGUGCAGGUAGCUCGGUAUUGUUACACAAAAUUGUGUGUGUGAAGUAGUAUCUACAUUGGUAUGAUUUAAAACUUGCUAACAGCACAUUCAGUGCAUUGACUAGGUUGAAGUGCAGUAAGUAAAUAUACUGAGACAGUGGGGCUAUUUUUUUCUACAUCUGUUAUAUGAAGAACAGGUAGUGGUCUUAUCAAAUUAAAUGCACUAAUGUAUUGAAUAUUAAUUAUGUGAUAUGUACAGUCAUUUUAGAAGUGUACAUUGAAAAUGCUAGUGAGCUUCAUGAAAUUUGCAGAAAUACCAUUUGGGGUUUUCCUUAUGAUUGGCAGGUGGGGGUUUAACAAGGCAGAUAUGUAUAGAAAUAGAUGACUAUUGACUGAUGUUAGGGGGGAAAAAAACAUGUUAAAAAUAAAGCAUGUGAUAUUGAUUUGGCUUUAGAAAAGUCUCUCUGGAUUAUAUUUUCCCUCAGUGUUGCCACUUUGUUUAUCAAAACGAUGUCAGUUCAAGCUUGGUAGUGCUACAUGGGAAAGUGCAAGCUUGUGGUGCUUUGGUAUGUAUGUGUGAAACUUAACUGUGUUUGAUCUCAAGCAUGACUGAGGUGUGUGAAUACUCUCAUCUACAUCUCUAUAGGGUCCUUAACCCAGUUUUAACAAGGUCCCUGUUGCUGUUUGGGCAUUUCCUCCCAGGAUAUAAGAGAACCUUAAGCCAAAAUAUCUUUGUGCCUUCCCCCUCAUGAAAUGGAGAUUUAGAAGAGAUAAGGAUUAUGGAGGAAGAACAGUCUUUGUUAACUGGAACACCUUAACUACUGGUUUUGACCUCAUGCAGGUAUUGAUUACAGAACCUGCAGUAUAUCAUAUUAUAUUUCCUUUAUCAGUGUUGGUUAGCCUGGCUUUUGUUUUCCUUGUAACGUAUAAGCCCAACUAUUCUUUUCUAUUUCUGUAUCUACCUAUUAGUCUCAUUUAUAACCAAAUCAGCCUUUGGUUUUGUGCAGAAAUUAGAAGUGUAGAAAUCUAAACUGUUACAUCGAUGACUGACCACUCCUACACUGACCUCGCUGUUGUUUUUAAUUGAGCAGUAUGAAACUUGAAAAAUGUGUCCUUGAAUCUCAGCUCACCAGUUACUGCAGACCGUCUCUGACAUGUUGGAACGUGGAGCUGAGAAGUGAAGUUUAACACCUUUUAAUUUCUUGGAUUGAAAUUUUUUUUUUUUUUUUUUUUUUUUUUUGGUUUAACAGCUGGUCAAUCUUCUAAGACAGGUAAUGGAAUUAGGCAGUAUUAAUUAGACUGGACUUCUACACAGUUAAGCUGUAAUACUGACUGCCAUGUGGCACUGCUGUGAUUGCAAACCAGCGGCACAGUAAUGUCAUGCAGUGGAGAUGGAGAGUCUUAGAACUUAAUGAUGACACCACAUAAUUGUGUAUAAGGUUUGUUUUUUGUUUUUUAAAUCUCAAUAUCCCUAAAUUUGAUACCAGAUCUUUAGUUAGAAAAAGGUAUAUGUUGGGUGCUGAGAGAGUAACCCUUUAACUAUGACGGUACAUCUUUAGAAUGCAGAAUUUAUGAAUUUGAAGGCUAUGUAGGUAGAAAUAUGAAAACAAGCACAACCCAGUAAGAGUGGUGCUCGUCAUGAGUACUUUUCUUUCAAAUUUUUUUCUUCAGACUUAAUAUUCAGUAUGUACACACACCCUAGUAUUUUAAUUUAGGAAUGUAGUUUAUUCCCAAAAUAAAUCUUGAAUGGUAUAUUCACGCCUUGCUUUUGUGGCUGUAUAGAAUGACCUCACCCAGUGUCUAAUCAGAAUGACAAAAAUUCAGGAAUCUGCAGCAGUGAAAUGUGAUCACAUUAGGCUGUUUUGUUUUCGUUAAUGAUGUUUAAUCUAAUGUGCGUGAAAGUGAUUUAAAUUGUCGAGCUGUUAAGAGAUACUGCUACCUGGAAACAAACAUCAUGCAAACUUAAGCUAUCAGUUAAGCAAUGGUUCCUAAAAGAGAAACUGCUUUUGCAGAUCUUUGUUUCUGAAUAAUGGCAUUUCUUUGUCUUACUGUGUGUAUUUCUGCUUGAAAGGAUAAAUUGGUCAAGGGUAUGUGAGUUACCAGGGAAUGAGCAUAGAAGAAACUGAUUCUCACUGGAGUACCAUUCUCAACUGAAGGACUAUCUCCUUUCUGUCGAACUAUGCGAUUGGAGAACUUUGCUCAAAUCCCUUCAAUACCAAAGCUGUUGCUGUUUAAAAAAAAAAAAAAAAAAAAAAGGGAGGAGAAAAAAGGAAUGUCUUAGGAAUGUCUUAUUUCUGUGUGUCUUACAUGUUUAUCACUUGCACUACUGUAGCUUCUGUCUGUGUUUGCUUUUCUCAGUGGGAUGGAUGAUACUUGGUGCUGGACUGGCAGGGAUUCAAACAAAAGUAACGUUAUAUGGAAUUCUAGCUCAACAGUAAAAAUGGACUCUUCCUGUCCUGAGUUUGCUAGAACACAAAGUAAUUACACCUGAUAUCUGAUUGCUGACUGUGUUGUGUCAUUGCAAAGGAGUAAAAUACAAAA